AUGUAUCUUUUACCUAAACGCAUUUCUGUUCCUCUUUCUCUUUCACUGAACGUAUAUUUCUUGCUUUCUCUGAACGCGUCAUUUCCCCCCCCCACACUCUCUCUCUCUCUGAACCUCUCUCUCUCUCUCUCUCUCUCUCUCUCUGAGUUAUUUUCCUGCUCACUCACUCUCUCUCUCUCUGAACACGUCAUUUUCCAGCUCUCUUUCUUUCUCUCUGAACGCGUCAUUCCCUCUCUCUCUCUCUCUCUAAAUGCGUUAUUUUCCAGCUCUCUCUCUCUCUCUCAACGCGUUAUUUUCCAUCUCUCUCUCUCUCUAAACGCGUCAUUUCCUCUCUGGGUCUCAGCGCGUCUUUUCCCCACUUGUCUCUCUCCUUCUCUUUGUCAAUGCAUCUUUCUACCUACCUACUUAGCUAUUUCCGUCUCUUUUUCCAAUGAGUUUUCCUUUCUUUUCCUUUUUUCUUUUUCUCUCUUAUUUUCUCUUUUUCUUUUUCUCUUUUUUUUUUUCCUUUUUUCUUUUUCUCUCUUAUUUUCUCUUUUUCUUUUUCUCUUUUUCUUAUCUUCUUUUUCUCUAGCAAAUUUCAAAUCAACCGCCAAAUGGAUAUUUUUUGGCGUUUCUUUGACUCUUAUUUCGGUUUCCUUUUUGUUACCUUUUUCUUCGCUCUCUUUUCUUUCUACACUUCCUUCGGUUUCUCUCUCUCUCUUUCUACACUUCCUUCUGUCUCUCUCUCUCUUUCUACACUUCCUUCUGUCUCUCUCUCUCUCUUUCUGCACUUCCUUCUGUCUCUCUCUCUCUCUUUCUGCACUUCCUUCUGUCUCUCUCUCUCUCUCUCUUUUCUACACUUCCUUCUGUCUCUCUCUCUUUCUACACUUCCUUCGGUCUCUCUCUUUCUUUCUACACUUCCUUCGGUCCCUCUCUCUCUUUCUUUUUACACUUCCUUCGGUCUCUCUCUCUCUUUCUUUUUACACUUCCUUCGGUCUCUCUCUCUCUUUCUUUUUACACUUCCUUCGGUCUCUCUCUUUCUUUUUACACUUCCUUCGGUCUCCUUUUCCUCUAUUUUUCUUUACCGUUUCUGUCACUCACUGUUUUACUACCUCUUCCCCACUGCUUUUAUUUCCCUCUCUCCCUCUCCUUUAUCUUCCCCUCUCCCUCUCCACUGUUUCCUCUCCCCCUACUUUUCUCUCUCCCCACUACCUUUUCUCUCUCCCCACUGCCUUUUUCUCUCUCCCCACUGCCUUUUUCUCUCUCCCCACUGCCUUUUUUCUCUCUCUCCCCCCCCUGCCUUUUUCUCUCUCCCCCCCCACUGCUUUUUCUCUCUCCCCCCACUGCUUUUCUCUCUCUCCCCCCACUGCUUUUUUUCUCUCUCUCUCCCCCACUGCUUUUCUCUCUCUCUCCCCCACUGCUUUUUCUCUCUCCCCCCCCACUGCUUUUUUCUCUCUCUCUCUCUACCCCACUGCUUUUUCUAUCUCUCUCUCUCCCCCACGGCUUUUUAUCUCUCUCUCCCCACUGCUUUUCUCUCUCUCUCCCCACUGCUUUUCCUCUCUCUCCCCACCCCUUUUCCUUUCCUCUCUCUCCCCCACUGCUUUCUCUCUCUCUCUCCCCCACUGCUUUUCCUCUCUCUCCCCCACUGCUUUUCCUCUCUCCUCCCCACUGCUUUUCCUCUCUCUAUCCUUCUCCCACUGUUUCCCCCUCUCUUUCUCUCUCCACUGCCACUGCCUUUCUCUUUCCCUCUCUCCCUCCUCCACUGCUUUUCGUUCUCUUCUGUUUUCCUUCACUUUAUCCUCCACUGUUGUCCCUUCUCCCUGUCUCCCCACUUUUUCUCCCUUCCCCCCUCAUUUCCCUCUCUAUCACCCCUUUCUACCUCUACUUCUUUCUCUCUACACCCCACUAAUUCUAUGUCUCUAUUUCUUUCUCUCUCCUUCCUGUUGUCUUUGCCUUGUUAUUUUCGUAUCUUUUUUUUCCCCCGCCUCUAUAGCCACGCUUAUCUGCUGGGAACUUCUCGGUUGA